AUGGCCCCCCCAGCCACCGCCAAAUACGACUGGAUCCUUGCCAUCGCCACCAUCGCUUUUGUCUUUGCAUCGUUUGGUAAUGGCGCCAAUGACGUCGCCAACUCAUACGCUACCUCUGUGGCAGCCCGGACCUUGACGAUGGCACAAGCGGGCAUCAUUUCGGUAGUGACGGAAUUCGUGGGCGCUGUAGCUCUCGGUGCUCGUGUCACCUCUACAAUCAAGAACGGCAUCAUGAGUAUCGACAAGUUCACAGACAGACCGGCUGCGUUGAUGCUGGUUAUGAGCUGUGCCGAGGUUGGCAACGCAAGUUGGCUUAUGCUGGCUACUCGCUUGGGUUUCCCUGUUUCAACGACUCACACUGCUGUCGGAUCCCUAAUUGGUGCCGGCAUUGCCGCUCAGUCACCGAUCAAAUGGGCAUGGAAGUCUGGAUCCGUCUCGCAGAUUGCUGCUUCGUGGCUUAUAUCUCCGCUGCUUUCAGGUGCUUUUGGAGCUAUCGUCUUUGCGACUGUCAAGUACUCGGUCCUCGAGCGUAAAGAUCCAUUGAAAUGGGCAAUGCGGCUUAUCCCCAUCUACCUUGCCCUUACCGGAGCAAUCCUGGCCCUUUUUAUUGUCAUUGAGGCACCGACCGCGCCCUCGCUGGAAGAAUUCGGAGCUGGAAAAGCUAUCGGGAUUAUCUUUGGAGUAUUUGGGGCUUGCCUCCUCAUCGCCUAUGUGUUCUUUAUGCCUUAUUUCGAGCGACGUAUUCUCAAGAAAGACACACAGGUUAAGGCCUACCACAUACCUCUAGGUCCCCUCUUAAGGAAGGAAGGUCCACCCCUCUAUUGGCCAUCUAAGGGUGAUAGUUACGUCGACAACUAUUACGCUGAUACUUACCGUGCAGCACACACCAACAAAAUGGACGAAGGACCAAAAAAGGAGGGUCAUACCCCUACGGAGCUCGAUCCGUCAAAGACCGCCGAUGUGGAAAGCCCAUCAGUCACCCACGUUCCACGUAAGCCGAUGCCAGAGCCAUACGAGCGCUUCGUUGGCCCUGUCCAGCACCUUUCCUGGGCCAAUCCCACUAAAUGGUGGGGCUGGUUCAAAUUUAUCACACUUCAAGGUGUGACACGUGAUGUCCUCAGUCAUGACUCAAGUCUGCUCCAUGCCGUACACUCGUCGGCCAAGGUGUACGACAUCCGAGUUGAGCACCUCUGGACCUAUUGCCAAGUCAUCUCGGCAAUGAUGAUGUCUAUCGCUCAUGGCUCCAACGAUGUGGCCAAUGCUGUCGGACCCUGGGCCGCCGUCUAUGAAACGUACCGUGCUGGCGUUGUCAGCACUUCGAAUCCUACGCCCGUCUGGUUUCUUGCCAUUGCUGGUGUUCUUCUUGGCCUCGGUUUCUGGAUUUACGGAUACCACAUUGUUCGUAGUCUUGGUAACAGGAUUACACGAAUGUCGCCUACUCGUGGUUUUGCCGUAGAGAUUGGAGCUGCGAUCACGGUACUGAUUGCAAGUCGAUUAGGCCUGCCGGUAUCGACGACGCAUUCUUUGGUCGGCUCUACAAUCGGGGUGGCAUUGAUGAACUAUGACCUCGCCGCCGUCAACUGGAGGCAGCUACUCUGGAUCUUCGGCGGUUGGGUGCUGACACUGCCUGUGGCAGGCGGGAUUUCCGGUUUGUUGUGCCUCUUGGCCUUGAAUACACCUCAUUUGUAG